GAUGGGAGGCGUGACUAGAGAUAAAGUUAUCAAAUCACGGUGGAGAUUCGUCACAAAAUAUAAACGAAUUUUCAAAUAGCACUUCAUCAAGUUCAGCUCUCAAACGUACGCGCUUUCUCCGUGUUUUGUCGAAAGUACAAUGGAUACAUACGAAAGUGUAUUACUCGUCAAGAGUGAAGUAUUUGUAUUUAGUAUACCUCCAAGGUCAUUGAAUAGGGGUUAUCGAGCAGCUGAUUGGAACCUACAAGAACCAACAUGGACUGGCAGAAUGCGUCUUGUGUGUCAAGGAAAUUCAGUAGCAAUAAAACUUGAAGAUAAAGUUACAGGUGAAUUAUUUGCCAAAUGUCCAAUUGAAAAGUAUCCAGGUAUUGCUGUUGAACCAGUCACAGAUUCUUCUCGUUACUUUGUUCUGAGAGUUCAAAAUGAUAAUGGACGCUCAGCGUUUCUUGGUAUUGGAUUUUUGGAUAGAUCAGAUAGUUUUGAUCUAAAUGUUGCGCUUCAAGAUCAUUUUAAAUGGCUCAAGAACCAAGAACAGAUAGAAAAGGAAAAAGAUGAACCAAAACAGGAGCUAGAUCUAAGAUUUAAAGAAGGCGAAACAAUCAAAAUCAACAUGAAAAUUACUAAAAAGGAUGGUAGCGAAGUUUCUUCAAAGGCAAAACAACGACCUAGCACAGGUAUUGGUUUACCUCCACCACCAGGAGGUGUAAAAAUUGCACCUCCACCAGCCAAAACUCCAACCUCAUCCCCUGCACAUAAACCAGUCCAAAAUCAAAACCAAACAAGUUCGGAGUGGGGAGAAUUCGCUAGCGCAUCUCAACAAUCUCAAGCUCAACAGCAACAACCAUCAACAGUAGGGAAUUCCAGUUGGGUGCAAUUCUAACUUCUUACAACUUGUAUUAAAAUUUAGUGUAGCUGUGCUAUAGAAUCAUAGGCAGUGCAUAUGUAUAUUAAUUUGUAUAUGCACAUGUACUUUGAUAUGUAUACAUACAUAUACCUUUUAAGGGUAA